CCCAACACGAAAAUCCAGUACCCAUGAACGCGCAUUCUCCAAGCGUCAGCUUUCUGUUCAUCGUCAACGAGAUCAAUUUGAACCUAGAUCUUCCGCCGACCGCGGAUCGAUGGGGAAAUCUCCUUCCUCCUCUAACUUCGCGCGGUUUUAAGCAAGAGACCGUGGGACAAGUGUUCAGAUACAGCAACGGAACGGUGACUGCUGCGACCGGAUACUAUUGGUUCCGCCAGAGACUUGAAUUGCCAGGGACCAUUGGCAGGUAUGGUGCCAGGUACGAUGCCUUUGGCAAUGUCGUGUCGGAUGAGAUGGGAUUUACUAUCCAGGACUUUUAUGGGCUGGACGAAUACUCCACGACAACAUUAUUCAAUUGUGGACCGUUCUUGCCAUGUGUUCUCAGUCAUGGGGAUCCAUCCGUAGAGGGCUUCCAAGACUUCAGCGGAUGGAACGCUCUUCAUUUCACUCAUAAGGAAGUAAUAAGCCAGGCGAGCUCAAGUGGCAGUCACACGAUUGUUGCUGGUCCAAGCGCGAGCUUUAUCGAUGCGCUACUUCCCAGAGUAUGCCAAAACAACAACCACAACGCGCCCAGGUCAAGAGGACUCGGAGGGGAAUUAGGACUAUCAAUCGGGCUUAUGGCGUUGUCACAAGGUCUUGGAUCAAUCGAUGCCGCAUUCCAUAACAAUGAUUGGGACGGAAAUUGUUGGACAGGUCAACGCCACGUAUCCGCUUGGCCUGCGGCCGAUGAAGAUCCGCGUGGCGUUAUUGUCCAUAUCGCCUUAGAUCCUGAAGCUGGAUGGAAUUCUUCCAUCGAAACUAUUUCAAACUUUGAAUGGGACGACCUAUCUGGUGGUCCCCGCUUAAGUGAUGAAGCUGCAUACUUCUUGUUGGAGGACUAUUUAACGUUAAAUCAUUUCGAGAAGGAGACUGCUCAAUAUAUGGAGGAAGCUUUUUAUACAUCCCAGUUUAGCGGGAGACAAGUUUCCCAGACUUCCAACGGUGAUCCAAACACCAUUGGUGUUUCGCGUUCCUCAUCUUCGUCAACGCAGGCUUCCUCGUCGGGUGGGUCAUGUGAAAGCCUAGGCUGCCUAGUGUUCUCCAUACUGUGCUUGGCUGGUCAUAACGGGCAGUCUCGCGAUGUCAAGGAUGUCAAAUAG